ACGGCCAUGACCCGGGCCGUGACGGCGCUCACCACCCUGCAAAGCUACUACAACCCGACGACGGGAAUUUGGAACACGUGCGGCUGGUGGAACGGGGCCAACUGCCUGACCACCCUCGCCAACCUCGCCCUCAAAAACAGUACCGUCAACGCCACCGCCACCGAGGUCAUCGAAAACACCUUCCGGGUGGCCACGAACACGAACCCGUACCCGGCGCGCGGGAUCGACGCCGACUACACGGCGGCGAACGGUACCGCGUACACGAUCCCCGGCCAGCCGACGGGGGCGGCCAACGCCUCGCUGUGGCUGGACGGGAGCUACGACGACGACAUGUGGUGGGGGAUGGCGUGGGUGGCUGCGUACGACGUGACGGGGGAGCCGGAUUAUCUGGAGCUGGCGGAGGGGGUGUUCUACCAUCUUAGCCGCGCCUGGCCCUCGCUCUGCGGCAACGGCGGCCUGGACUCGGACUACACGCACGUGUACGUGGGCGCCAUCAGCAACGAGCUCUUCCUGGCGCUGGGCGCCUCGCUGGCCAACCGCGUCGCGACCAACAGCAGCCGGGCCUACUACCUCGACUGGGCGAAGCGGCAAUGGGCGUGGUUCGAGGGCAGCGGGCUGAUCAACGCGGACCACACGAUCAACGACGGGCUAACGGGGGCGUGCACCAACAACGGGAUGACGGUGUGGUCGUACAACCAGGGCGUCAUCCUGGGGGGAUUGGUGGAGCUGCACCAUGCCACGGGCAGCCACGCCUCCAACUCCACGUACCUGACUGCCGCGGCCCGGAUCGCGCAGGGGGCGAUCGCGGCGCUGGCCGACGAGGACGACGUGAUCCAUGAAUCGUGCGAGCCGGACAGCUGCGACUCGAACGAGACGCAGUUCAAGGGGAUCUUUAUUCGGAAUCUCAAGGUGUUGCAGGGCGUCGCGCCGAAUGAGACCUACGCCCGAGUCAUCAAUGCGUCGGCGGCGAGUCUGUGGGCGAAUGAUCGUACUGAGGCGACGGGGUUCGGGGUCGAUUGGUCGGGCCCCGUCGAUGCGGCGACGGUCAAUGCCUCGACGCAGAGUUCGGCACUGGAUGCGCUGGUCGCGGCGAUUUGGUAGAUGUCCCCCACCCCGCCCCUGGUGGGUUGGUUGGUGCAUUUGGG